GGGCGGGAGCGGCUCCGGGCCCGCCACGGCAGCGCCGCAGCCCGGCCCCGCAGCCCGGCCCCGCAGCCGUGCUCUGCCCGCCCCUGCUGCUUCCCUCUCCGGUGCGGGCGGAGGCGGCGAGCGGGUGCAGCCCCCGCCCGGCGGCCUCCCCCAUGGUGGGCUUCGGGGCCAACCGGAGGGGCGGGCGGCUGCCUUCCCUGGCGCUGGUGGCGCUGCUGGUGCUGGUCGCCGUCCUCGCCUUCAACUGCUGGAGCGCCUCGUCCCGCCAGGCCCUGCUGCGGGAGGAGCUGGCCGAGCUGCAGAGCCAGGCCAAGCGCACCGAGGUGGCCCGGGGCCGCCUGGAGAGGAGGAACUCGGACCUGAUGGGCAAGGUGGACUCCCACAGGAAGCAGCUGGAGCAGAAGGAGGCGGACUACAGCCAGCUGAGCAGCCAGCUGCAGGCCAGGGACGGCCAGGUGAAGAAGUGCGAGGACAGCAAGAUCAAGCUGCAGAACAACGUUUCCUAUCAGAUGGCAGACAUAAAUCGGUUAAAGGAACAACUAGCAGAAUUACGCCAGGAGUUCAUUCGCCAGGAAGAUCAGCUUCAUGAGUACAAGAAGAACAAUACCUACCUGACCAGGAGACUGGAGUAUGACAGUCUGCAGUGUGGGCAGCAGAUCAAGGAGAUGAGACUGCAACAUGAGGAAAAUAUCAAGAAAUUGAUGGACCAAGUUGCACGGGAGCAAAAGGCCACACAAAAAGUUCAGUCCAGUAAAGACACUGAAAUGGGUCCCAAUAGUGAUGACCAGGCAAUACCUAAGACUGUUCCAGAGGCAGAAGAGAAGAACACAGCACAGAGUGAGCAACCUUCAGAUCAUGCUGUAAAUGGCAAAGAGAAAAUCAAACCAGGAGGAGAUGCAGGCAUGCCUGAAAUAGAAGAUAAUGACCCUGCUAAAGCUGAAGAUACUCCCACUGCUUUAAAGAAGCCACUUAUUUCAGCUCCUAAGAGUGAAGCUCAUCACCCUGUUGUCCAUCUCCCGACUGAACAGCCCCAUGCUCCAAAUCUGGCACCAGGUUUGCACAGUGACAAUGAUGGAAAUGCUGAGAUUGUGAAGCAGAUUCCUCCCAAUUCUCUCCAGCACUUAACUUUUGAAGAAAAUAUGGAAAAUCAGAAAGAACACAAAAUUGAGACAGACAUAAAAAUUCCAAAGAGCAGAGUUGGUGAUUUGCAGAAGAUGAAGCAAAGCCGGUUCUUUGAUGAGAAUGAAUCCCCUGUUGAUCCGCAGCAGGGCUCUAAACUGGCAGAUUAUAAUGGGGAUGAUGGUAACGUGGGUGAGUAUGAGGCAGACAAACAGGCUGAGCUGGCUUACAAUGAGGAAGAGGAUGGUGAUGGUGGAGAAGAAGACGUCCAAGAUGAUGAAGAAAGAGACCUACAAAAUGACCUUGACUAUGGCAAGCCACGCUUCAGUGAUGGUGUCCUGUAAGGCUGGGAUGAAGCAGGAAAUACGGACGAAACGAGAUCGCCACCGAGGAACUUCAAGUGCUGCAAAACGGAACCAUUUUUACUUCAGUCUUCCUUACUUUAAAGGAAGCUGGUAAUUAAAAGAGAUGAGUGUGCUCAGAGUCAGCGAAGUAGCAGAAGGAACCGGCUCUGUACAGAUGUACAUAGUUGUACUAUUGCAAACUGUAUGAAAACGACAGUUCUCUUGUUCCAUUGAGCCAAUUACUUAGACUGUACCUUACCUGUAAUAAUCUUUACAUUGAAAACCCGUAUUAUAAAUACAGGCCGAGUUGUUUCUCUCACCAGAAACCUUUGUAAACUGGACAACUUGUACAGUUUGUACCUCAUGUCACAAAGACACUGUGGAAACAAUGUUCAGCCAAAGGACUCCUUUUCUACAGUAACACCUGUGUGAGCAAGGAUGCUCCUGCUUUCCUCCUGAGUGCUGUGAUUUUGUAAUCUGCAGGUGAGCCACCAGCUGAGAAUGGAAACAGAAUGUUUAAAAAAUUGCUCCUUCCUGAAUGUAGCAGAGGAAAGGCCAUGACAGUCUUUGGAAGUAAGCUCCAGUUCCAUUCUUGUAGCCAGUGACCAAAUCUUGUAGCGAGAGCUGGAAAUCAGUGAUAUCAGGAUUUAAUCAUUUGGUACAUCCUGAGAAAGUUGUGUAACUAACAGCUGAUUUUAAAAGGUAAUUAAAUAAUUCAGCAGAGCUUGUAGGAAACCUUUGUUGUGUGUGUUACAGAGAGCAACUGUGUUAGUGGACAGGGCUGCAUCAGCUUCUUGGGAACCCCAAUGGGAGGAACAAUCCCAGCUGUGGGUGAAUCUCUUCCCUGCUCUGUCUCCAGAACAUCCCUCCUAGGUCACAGCCACGCCAGCUAAUUCACCAUUCCACACUUUGAUACAGGUCUCAACUUCUGCCACGUUCCAAGGUUUGAUUUUCUAGAUCAGAAGGUUUGUACAUGAGAUACCUUUUGCAUCCUGUGUUUCAGCACUUUCUGAAUCUUACGGCAAUGGUUCUGUUGAUCCACAGUAGUGGAAAUGAAGGUGAUUAACCCAGCCUGCUCCUCCAAAAGGGCUACUGUGAAAUGAAAUUCUAGGGCCUAGGAUGUGGGUGAUUGUACUUUAUCUCUGUACUCAGGUUCCAGAUGAACAGUCAAGGAUUGCUCGAUGCCACUUCAGUGAACCUGUUACACCAAUUGCAAUGUCAUACUUCUUUUCUUUUUGCUACAGGUUCUUCUACCAAUCAGUCUGAAAUAAUACAAGAAAUAAACAUUGCAGAUUCUGGUGAUGCAUCUCAAGGGUUGUUUUUGUUUGUUUGUUUAAGGCUUGAGCUCCUCAUUCCAUAUUGCUGGGAGGCAGACAAGGGAAUAGUCUUUGCAUGGUGUGAUGUACUUGCAGUUGAAAACUUGCUCAGAAUGAGACCCCCACCCCAGAGCUGGGACAGGCUUGUGCCAGGACUCUGAGAGCAGCCUCAGUAAAUACUGUAUUUAAGCAAUUUUUGGUCUUAAAAUGUAAUUUCACCCUGAAUUAGGCGUUAGUUUGAUUCUUCUAAUGAAAGCAACGUUUAUGGGUUCUAAUAAAUUAAAUUGUUUAAAGUAA